AUGACCAAGGCCAAAAGCGAUAUUAUGGAGCACAGAAAAUGUGCAGAAUACGGUUCCCCGUGGAGUCCUCAAUUUUACUACUGCUGUCCCGAACCGGGAAAUAAGCUACCAAAUAACCGGACAUGCGGUCACAGCCCAGCCGUUUACCGAAUUAUGGGUGGUACAACUGUGGAGCUUAAUAUGUUCCCCUGGAUGGCCCUGCUUUUGUAUCGGAACCGCAUAAGUUGGAAAGAGCCACUUGUGGGGGCUUGUGGGGGAUCCCUGAUCACCAACCGAUACGUCCUGACCGCAGCCCACUGUGUGGUUAAAGGACCUCUCCUGCCGCAGGACUUAGUGAUCCAAAGCGUGCGCUUGGGCGAGCAUGACACCUCCAACGUUCUCGACUUCCAGUACCUGUACUCUUGGAGUGCAAAGAGGCGCUACGCUCCUCCUCCUGUGGAAAUCGAGGUGGAGGAGGUUAUUGAUCAUCCGGGCUACUCCAAAAGCGAUUUUUACCAUUACGACAUCGCCCUGCUGCGACUCCAAAUGCCAGUCCGCUAUACGCCCGCGAUCAAACCAAUUUGUGUUCUGGGGCGCCACAUCUCCUUGAAGAACUCCAAAUUCAAAGUAGCCGGCUGGGGAAAAACUGAAAGCGGAUUAUCCAGUACAGUCUUGCUAGAAACAACCGUUAAGAAAAUUCGUUCAUCAUUUUGCAAAAAAGCAUAUCCACACUUAGAAUUCAAUUCUUCGUUACAAAUAUGUGUUGGUCCGGUGAAUGGAAGUGACACCUGUGAUGGUGAUUCUGGCGGACCACUGAUGGCCACCAUGGGACAGAGCUACGAAGAAUUCGAGUAUGUAGCCGGAAUCACCUCCUAUGGACAUCAAACAUGCGGACGUCAAGAAUAUCCUGGUGUUUACACUAAAGCUCCACUAUUUUUUGAAUGGAUUAAGGAGAAUCUGAAGGCUUAG